UAGUGCACUCCCUGAGCCAGGUAUGGGCUGACGAAAACCAACGGCGUGCUGUUCACGGCAUGAAGAUGCAGCAGCAGCAUGAUAGCCAGGUGUUGGAGCGGAGAAAGGAUGCGCCGCAAGUUGAAGCCGCAGCUCAGCGGAAUAGACCAGGACUGGAGUGGUCAAACCACUGGCGGAUACAGAGUCUGCUGCAAAGCGCGCUAGCAAACGACAGACAGCAUGUGGACCACGGGGUGUCGGGCGAGUCACUAGCGAUGUGGGAGGAUGUCAGUCAGAAAUUGAGCGAUAUUGGAAGCGAGCUUGCCCAGGAUAGCUCUUCGAUGUAUAUAGCAAACACGGCGGAAGGAAGCAGCUCGUGGGUUGAUUCGUGGCCGACCUGCCGUGAAGUCGAUACUGGCGAGGUUCGCCUUAUCUCUGCUGCAAGCGAACACAGAUCACAUUUUUACCUAAACUUUGCUCACAACCUGUCGCCCGGACAGUCCAGCCUAGAAAGCUCUCCGGCGUUUAAACUCGAUCCUCAAACCUUCGACGAGUCGCUGUUGCUAUCGCAGAGUUCUCAGCCUUCACAAACCCGACCGCUUGUGGACGAGUCAAUUAUCAGCCAGGGUGUCUCCGACAGUGCUACAAAGGACCACGGCUCAAACUGCUCCGAUGUCGAUGGCUUGGACGACAUGCUUGCAGAUGCAUUUGUGAGUGCAUCGCAGAAGAGUGAGUUUGAUGAAUUUGGCGACCUCGAUGGACUGGACAAUUCGUGGAUUGAAGGUGAGCUGCAGAAGCUCAAUGACUACGAAUCUGCUGACGCAGCAAAGCCUAUUCCGCAGGUUGACGGUGGGGACGACGACAGCGAUGACUUUGUGCCAUCAGACAGAUCAAGACGCACCACCACUCACUCGAGUGCUCGUCGCAGGCAUCGUGUACGUCGUGUCCUUACACCACUUGCCCUGAAGCCAUCCCCCAAGAUGCCACAGCGUGUCGAGCAGAAGAAGAGCUCGUAUAGCAGCGAUUUUGAUGAUCAGUUUGAGGAACUUCAGCGGCAUCAGGAACUAAGCCUGUCUGCGAGCCAGACAGCCGGCAAGACACCAUCCCAGGCUGUGAAGGCACCCAGUCGGGAUGUUGGGAGUGAUUUUUAUAUUGAUAUUGUUCGGCCAUCGCGGAGUGAUAGUGGAAGCAAGGAGGUCCACUGUAUACCGAGCUCGCCCGAACCAAAAGCUGAUGCCAUCGGUGACAAGUCACCAUAUAUCGGCAAGAAUACCAAUUCGACAAGAGUCCAUCCGGUCAACUAUUCUGAUAUUGGCAUGCUAACUGUUGUCGACAAGGCUCCUGCCAGCAUCGACGCUCAGUCGCCAGAUCCCAGUAUUCUAUCAAGCGAUGAUGAGGCACCGGUUGAGCCAUCCUGGGACGAUACCGUGGUAUUCCGGUUUGCAAAGCCAUCACCGACUGCUGAACAUCUUGCAGCGAGCUUGUCCCGAUACAACCUACCUGAAGUAGUCACUCCAAUUCCGUUCUUCUCCAAAACGCGGGAUCUGCCGAAUCGCACAAAGUCGUAUGCUGGACAGACGAUCAAGUUCGCAUCAGCCGAUCCGUCGGAGCUGCCUGUGUUUGAUCCAGUGCUCGCUCAAGACUUGGACCGAUCAAGCAUGGAGCAGCAGAGAGCAGCACGAAUAGAGCGCCAGCAGCGGCGUCAGCAAAUGUGGAGCCCAGCGGCAAUAAGCGCAACAAACGCAGCUAUGAGCCAACGAGCGCAAAGGAGCUCUGGUAUUGCUGACGGAUGGUGGGAGUUUGCCAUACGACCGCCACAUCCGCACACAGCUGUAGCUGGGUACGCAUCGGUAAAACACAGCGCUGUGCCAUCACAACUGGCUGAUUCGGCAGAUGCCUUGCAUACUCCAGCCAGGAAGCGCCAGCGCGAUCAGUCAGACCUGAAGUGGGGCUCAGUGCUGGGAAAGCUCUCUGGGUUCACCAACACACAGUCCAUGUCUGUGACGCCUACAAUGUCCUCGACGUCACAGCAGCUAAAUUGUAUUGGGAAACGCGAAAAAGUCCCCAUGUCGCAGAUGUCGCUCGAGAUUAUCACUAGCACGCGGGACUGGCUGCUUCCAGACCCCAAGCUCGACUCGGUUCUAUGUAUGGUUGCGUGUAUGGUGACUGACAAACCGCAAUGGGAUGUAUCGCCGUACUCUGGAUGCAGGACUGUUGUGUGGACCCACGGUACGUCUAGGCCAUUGUCGCGACUCGGGUUUCCGGGCCAUGUCGAGCAUUUGAACCUGGACGACGAAGUCCAGAUGAUAACUGAAUUCACGCAGUGGGUGUGCACGCAUGACCCUGAUGUUUUGUGUGGAUACGAAGUGCAGAAUAGCUCGUGGGGGUAUCUGAUCGAGCGCGCCGACGUUGUCUAUGGCAUGCGGCUGAGCAGCGACCUAUCACGGAUAAUCGAUCCACCAUGGCGCCGCCAGCAGAGCGGAUAUGGACGCGAGCAAGACUCGUGGAGCUACAAGAAAGGUGCAGCAUUGAGCAUCGCUGGGCGACAUGUACUCAACGUCUGGCGUCUGAUGCGCAGCGAGCUCGCGCUGACGUCGUAUUCGCUCGAAAAGAUCGCUGAGGAAGUCCUGAAAGAGAAAGUUCCGCAUUUCACACACAGCAAAAUCUCUCAGUGGUUUUUGAAUGGGCCAGCGGUGGCUGGGAUUCGAGCUAUCCGGCAUGUCAUGUACCGGGCGCGGGCAGAUCUGCGGCUGCUGGACACCAUGGAUAUCGUGCAAAGGGCGUCUGAGUUUGCCAGCAUCAUCGGCAUAGACUUUGACUCAGUGAUCACUCGUGGAUCGCAGCUGCGUGUCGAGUCGCUAAUGGCGCGUAUUGCACACCCAGAGCUGUAUAUCCUUUCGUCGCCGACCCGCGAGCAAGUCGCGCAGCAACGGGCUGCCGAAUGCGCUCCGCUGGUGCUUGAGCCGCAGAGCCGGUACUACACGGACCCAGUGGUGGUGCUUGACUUCCAGAGUCUCUACCCGAGCAUUAUGAUCGCAUACAACUACUGCUUCUCAACGUGCCUUGGCAGUGUCGAGGAUGCAGUAUCGCAAGCCCCCGGCACCAAGCGACGACUUGGCUUCACCGAUGUGCAUAUCCCGCCCGGCAUCCUGUCGAAGCUGCGCGACCAUGUCACAAUCUCCCCUAACGGCGCUGUGUUUGUCAAGCCCGAGAUCCGCAAGGGUCUGCUGGGUCGAAUGCUGCAGGAGAUCCUUGAGAGCCGGACGUGGAGCGAUGAUGAGAUGCUGUGCAAGAACCUGGAUGCACGGCAGCUGGGUCUCAAGCUGAUUGCCAACGUCACCUACGGGUACGCAGGCGCGUCAUUUUCUGGCCGAAUGCCGUGCGUGGAGAUUGCCGAUGCCAUUGUGCAAUCUGGGCGCGAGACACUGGAGAGUGCUAUCCGGUUCAUUCACUCGAAGCACGACGAGUGGGGUGCCCGCGUAGUGUAUGGCGAUACCGACUCAGUCCGGCAGACAGCAUUCAAGCUGGGCCACGAGAUUGCCCAGGCCCUCAAGUUUGAGAAAGUGUACCAGCCCUGCGUGCUGUUGACAAAGAAGCGCUAUGCCGGCUGGAUGUACACGGCGCCAGACCAGACCGACCCGAUGCUUGACGUCAAGGGCAUGGAGCUGAUCAUCGAAGGUACAAUGGACCGUCUGUUUGCGACCAACGAUCUGUCGCAGGUCAAGUCGUUCAUCACCGACGAGAUCUCCAAGGUAUCGCAGGGCGAGUACCCGAUGAUGGACUUUUUCAUUGCCAAAGAAGUUCUGCCACCACAUGCCAAGGUCAGCAUGGAUGACAUGCAGAGUGACGCCAGAGCCGAGCCGCAGUACGGCGAGCGGGUUCCAUAUGUGGUGGUUGUCAGGCCGCUGGCGCUGCUGAACAGGCCAGAACUGCACCUAAACUACCAGUACUACAUCAGCAAGCAGAUUGUGCCGGCACUCGACCGGGUCCUGGGCCUGGUGGGCAUCGAUGUCAGGACAUGGGGGCUGCAUGAUUCUCUUAUCGAUGUGUUUCUGGCGACCAAGCCCGACGAUGAUAAUGACGGACUCGACAAGCCUGUCAAAAGGAGGCCGGCACGCCGAACUCUCGACCACUUCUACCACGAACGCUCAUGCCUGCUGUGCCGCCAGACCAUGCCACACCUGCCUGACAAGCUGCUGCGCGUGCCAGCGCUGAUGUCAAGGCUGGCCCGGAUCCAGAUGGGUAUUGACUGGGCGUGUGUACAGUCCGAUGUGCUGAUGGCCGUUGAGGGCUGUGACAGCCUCGACUGCCCGACGAUGAACCAGGCCCAAGGCAUUUAAGCUUCACUGGGCAAAGGCGAUUAGCGCAACCCCUUUUCUCGCCAGUUUUCCUCAAACAAUUAUUUGC